UGCUCCGACCGGCUGGGCGUACAAAACCCUAUUUUCCCUGGGAAAAAAUCAGCAAAAUCCUCUAAAAAAAAUCGAAAAAUCUUGGAAAAAGUGAACUUCUAUGUAACAGAAUUGUACUACUCUUCAAUAAGAACGCUUGAACGAUCAUCGAUCAAUCGAUCAUGAACCUGAACAUGAAUAUGAUGGACUGUGAUCAGCAGCAGCGGGAGAAGCUUCUCUACCUUGUUGAGAAAAUGCGCCAAAUUCAAGAAAUCCGUACACACUCUCCGCCCUACAUCACACCCCCCUCUCCGCCACACUUCCGCCCCCACUACGACCAGCCGUUAGAUUACUCCGCCAGUAAGAAGAUGAAGACGGAGUGGGAUAAACACGACAGUUUAGGCUCGGACGGACACUCCGCCUCCGACGGGCAUUCUGAUCUCUCACUUACACAUUCGCCACGAUCCAAUGAUAUUGAUUCGCCCAGAGAUAAUCAGCCGUCUCACUCUCCACCUCCCACUCUCCCCCGCCUCUCUAUCUCUCCGCCCGCAUCUCCUAUCGACAGCAAGGAGGGUAUCCUCCCCACCCCUAUUCUCCGCCCCCUACCAAACAUGCAUUCAAACCAAGAUAUGACAGGACUACUCAAACUUGCCGGUAUUGCUACCCAGCUCCCACAUUUACACCCUAGCAGCCCAGGGACCAUCCCUCUCUCUCUUCCGUAUAUGCCAUCCAAACAUGCUUCCUACCCUCCCCCUCUCUCUACCUCAUCCCCCCUUCCCCUCUACCACCCCUCCCUCCCUCAUCAAGAAUCCAUGUCUGAGCUCGCCAAAAUCGCUGUAAACUCCAGCCAGAAAUACGCGGAUUUCCGCGAAGGUAUGCUCAGAAAUAUAGAAUCCGCGAAACCUAAAUCCAGAAACGAUCUUUCGCUCUCUCCCUCUCCGUCCCUCACCUCCACACCUACCUCAGAACAAGGGCGUGGCGAGAAGGACGACGCCUACUGGGAGCGCAGGAGGAAAAAUAAUGAGGCCGCGAAGCGCUCCAGAGAUGCGCGACGGCAAAAAGAGAAUGAGAUCGCAAUGCGCGCUCAGUUCUUAGAGCAGGAGAACCUACAGUUGAAGAUGGAGUUAGUUCAGCUCAGGACGGAGUUGGGGUCCAUCAAGGAGCAAGUUAACCGGCACAGAACCCCGGUCAAUUAAUCAAUCAAUGAAUUAAUUUAAUAUUUCAAUUGAUGGAUUUUUCAUUAAUAUUUUUUUAUUGAUAUUUUAUCGUUUACAAAAAAGUAUCAAUUUGGUGAAUUUUGUCUUUAUAUAAACCUAACUCGGUGUUUUCAUUCUGGGCUUUCUUUUCUCUUUUGUUAUAGAAAGUAAGAAAUGUAAUUCUCACGUUUUUUCUGAUCUAAUUACAUACAUAAGUAUUAUUUCGUAACUAGCAUUAUUAUACAAACCAAAGAAAAUGUUUUUACAUUUUAUUCAAUUGCAUUUCUUGUACAUAGAUUUCAAUCCGUAUUAAUAUUUUUAAUGAACAUGAUGUUAUCAUAUGUAUUAAUGGGGUCAAAAUAAGCUGGAGAUUGGAAAACAUAAUAAAUUUAACCCUUUUAUACUUUCAGCCUAGUUUAACCCUGUGCCCCCCUGGCAAGCAACUGGCCUAUAUACCCCCUCCCCAUCCACUCUAGCUUAAUUUAACCCCUCUCAUGUAUAAUUUGAAGUGUAUUCAGUAUUUUAUUUUUUAAACAAAUGUAUGCAUUGUAGGAAGUCAAUAAAUGUUGCAAUAAUCAAAGAUGUAAAAAAUAAAUAAAAAUGUAA